UAUUCCAAUCGAACUAAGCGCACCCUCUUUGGCGGUUCCAUGGCGGUUCAGGGCCCAACUCUGAGGGAUGUGCAAGCUUCAAGUAACACAGCUAGCAGUCCGUUCUUUGUAUGGAGGGAGUUCGUAUGGGGAGCUGUUGCUGGGGCUUUUGGAGAAGGAAUGAUGCAUCCAGUUGACACAAUAAAGACACGGAUUCAAAGUCAAGCUAUCAUUAGUGGAAGUCAGUUUCAGAACCAAAAGAACAUACUACAAAUGGUACGAGCCCUCUGGGUUGCAGAUGGAUUAAAAGGCUUUUAUAGAGGUAUAACUCCUGGAAUUACUGGGUCUCUUGCAACUGGGGCAACAUACUUCGGUAUCAUAGAGUCUACCAAAAAGUGGAUUGAAGAGUCACAUCCUGGCCUUAGCGGCCACUUGGCACAUUUCAUUGCUGGAGCUGCUGGAGAUACACUUGGUUCUUUUGUUUAUGUUCCUUGUGAAGUGAUAAAGCAACGCAUGCAGGUUCAAGGCACAAGAACAUCUUGGAGUUCUGUUUCCAUGAAAGAUAGCAUCUCUUUGAAGCCUGGUAUGCAAAUGUAUGGUUAUUAUACAGGAAUCUUCCAGGCUGGCUGUUCAAUAUGGAAGGAGCAGGGGCUAAAGGGACUAUAUGCAGGGUACUGGUCUACACUUGCAAGGGAUGUGCCUUUUGCCGGUCUGAUGGUUAUGUCUUAUGAAGCCUUGAAAGAUGUCACAGAGUAUGGAAAGCAACGAUGGAUACCCAAUCCAAAAUACCAUGUUAAUGGUUCACUGGAGGGACUUUUAUUGGGAGGGUUAGCUGGUGGUUUUAGUGCUUAUCUCACCACUCCCCUGGAUGUCAUCAAAACAAGGUUGCAAGUUCAAGGAUCGACUGCUAGGUACAAUGGCUGGUUUGAUGCGAUUCGGACCGUGUGGAUGACUGAAGGCAUAAAGGGAAUGUUCAGGGGUAGUGUUCCCAGGAUUGCAUGGUAUAUACCAGCUUCUGCCCUAACCUUCAUGGCUGUUGAAUUUCUCAGAGACCACUUUAAUGAUGGACAAAACAACGAUAACUCGCAAAAAGUAGCAAACUUAUCAAUAGACAAAAAGGGAUCUUAUUUACAAAAAGUGGUCUAGCAAAUUACAUUGAAUUACAUUGUUCCUACCAUAUCUGUUUCUUAGAAGAACUCUUCUAUCAUAACAAUUUACAGGCUCCUUUGUAAUUGAAUUGCAUUGGUUAAGGCAAUUGUAACAUGGUAUCAAAAAUAUCGAGUUCAUCAAACUCACCAUUGGUUGAUUUGAAGUAACUGAAUUUUGAGA